AUGGCAUCUAAUAUCUUUGCCAGCGCUGCAGAACCCUCCGUCCUCCCGGAUCGUAACGAUGAACAAACGACUCGAGUUGAUCUCAAGAAUUCAGCUGAAAAAUUUGGGUCUUCGAAUCCAUUUGGUGGUCAAUUACUGAACAAUACUACACAAGGUGCCCUCUCCGGGAACGUGGUUAAUAAUGCUGCAAGCGCCAAUCAACCAAAUACAAACAAUACUGGAACACUCUUCGGAAACAUCAACACAAGCAAACCAGUAUACCCAGCCGGCAGCUUGUUCGGCCAUAAACCUGCUUGUUCUGCUGGCGGCCUAUUCGGACAAAAUACCGCUCAGAGCAAUACUACUGGGGGUCUCGCUGGCAAUCAGCUACCGACUGGUAGGUUGUUCGGCAACAGCAAUCAGAACAACAAUCCGGGUGUAAAUCUGUUCGGACAUGCUGCUCAACAGCGCGCGGCCGGCCUUUUCGGUGUCCCUCCACCACAAUCCGGAAGCAGUCUCUUUGGACCGACUACCACCAACCAAGGUAGUGGUGGCCCUUUUGGUCGUCCUCAAAAAUCUACUGGAUGUCUCUUCGGUCCGCCUCUCCCGCAAACUUCUACUAGUCUCUUGGGUCCUACUAUUACGAACCAAGCCAGCAGCGGGCUUUUUAGUCGUCCUCAACAGACUACUGGGGGUCUUUUCGGCAACUUUAACAAUAGCACUCGCGGAGGACUUUUCGGCACUGGCAAUACACAGACGCAUCAAAAUACUGGCUCGGGAUGCAGACUUUUUGGUUACAAUUCUCCAGCAACUACCAACUAUAAUUUGUUUGGUAACCUACCGAAGAAUGAACCAAACCUCUUCCAGCCUGACCCUCAUGCAAACAUGCCAAGAAGCAACGCUGGCGUGUCCCCGUGUCGCGGCUGUCAUUAUGUCGAAAUAACCACGACAAGUGUUCAACCCAAUGGAGAUAAGGCAUUGCUCAGCCAAACCACUACACCCAUACGGUUGUCAGCGCUCGAUUCCGCCUCGAUCGAAGAAGUGCGCUUGAAAGAUUACAAGAAUGGUCGUGACCCUCGGCACUCUUACACAAGAGGUGAUUACGAUGUAGAGCUUGUUAGACUCAGAGCUGAAGUAGACGCAUUGCAACGUCAAGCCACUCAAAAAGAUCAGGAGCUACGAUACACUCAAACAAACGUUACUAGACUCGAAGCUGAGUUGGCACAAUAUCAUCAGCAAUCUACCAAAGUCGCUACCGACAAUCCCGUAACAAGCGCCUUGCCUGCGAUGCUAGAACCAUUUGCUGCGCGGAUGCAGGCUGUCGAGAAACAACUCGUAGUAUUCACCGAGUCACUCGAGAAGUCAUGUCUGAUGAAAAGCGCGAUCAAUCUACCAACACUCGAGCCCAUCGAGCCUGAGAAGAGAGCAUCAGCCUCUGCCGAGAAGGAGCGCAAAGAAACAGAGACCGACGACAACAAGAUUUCUACCUUGCAGCAGAAGAGGGGAAACAACCAGAGCGAAGUCGAGCAGGCCGCCAGCAAUACCUCAUCUCCCAGUGCGACAGUCUUUACUCCUGCUAGUGGCGCCAGCACCCCCCAAGGCGGAGAUGCGGAGGAGUUGAGCCAAGUCGCCCCUAACGCGCGGGUUGCAGAUGGAGCUAAUGCCAAUUUAUCCUAUAUGGGUCAUGACGGUCAGAGGGUGUACUUGAAGUGA